AUGAGUCCACAUCCACAUCAACAACACGACUUUCCCAAUUUCAUAAAUAAAAUAAAAGAACAAGUUCCCAUCGACAUAGAGAAUGUCAAUAUAGAAACGCCCAGUCUUCCGCCUAUAGAUCUUCCUCCUUUACCAGUGGACGAGAAUAUGGACUCGGCAAGUAAAAUACGAGAAAAAGUGCCCGUGAAACUAUUACGUCCGUUACCCAAUAUCCAAACAUACGUGGACGUGGAAUUCCAUUACACGAUACAAGUGACAAAGGAUUAUUUUGAGUUCCAGAGUGGUCAGCAACCGUCUCAAUUACAUUUUACCGCGUCCUUUUCGCCGCAAAGUUCGUCGAGGUGGGUUCAAUUUGAUUCUCCAACGAGAGAGUUUUUGGGGAGACCGUUGGCAGAUUCGGCCAGGAAUACGACAGUUAAUUUGAACAUUGAGGAUCCCGGUAGAGGCACCGUGGAGACUUCGAUACAGAUUUUGGUGUCGGAUCUUCCUCCGAGAUUAAAUCACCAUAGUGGAAUUUCACGAAAACAAAUUGUGCUUAUCGCAGUAAUUCCUUCGUUGAUUGGAUUUUCUAUUUUGGGACUCGUUGGAUUUCUUAUUUUUAAGAAAUUGAACAAUAAGCGAGAACAUGAGGCUGCAUUUAAACGAGCGCUUCAAAAUUCUAGAUCGAUGAAUCAAUGUAGUAAUCAACCAUCCGAAACAAUAAACAGAACUAAUAAUAAUAACUAUAUUGACAGCUAUACUAUUUCAACUAUUUCAAUAGAUAAUAAUAACGACAACAAUUCCAGUACCAGGCAUAGCAAUAAUAAUCAUAAUUAUGUUAAUAUUCAAAGAGGUGUUCAUGUUACCAAAACGACAACAACUAUGACAACAAAUCAUCACAAAAGUUUGAUUGAACGACGAAGAGAAUACAUUGACACAUACAAUAGCGAUAGUAACACGGAUCGUCAAAGUGAAAUCGAUUCGAUUAGAAGUGAUGCAGCCACCAAAAGCAGUCCAAGUUCCUCGUAUUCUGAAGGAUAUAAACAACGUGAAUACACCGAUCACAGUAUCGGACGUUCAAUAAUAACUCGAUCUGCUACACUUCAUUUACCGAAUGAUGUCAUUACAACAAUGGGCGGUGGUAGUAAUCAUUAUCAUAGUGAUCAGUCUGAGUCGUCAUCGUAUAGCUCGAUUCCUGAAGAAGAGAAACAAAAUGCAUUGACAAAAGAUAUACUGGAGGAAUUAUUCCCAAAAACAUCAAACCAAACUUACAAUGAAGAUCUCGAUCUUAAACAUUCUUCACCAAAGAAAUCUAACGCUAAUAAAUCAUCAAUGCAAUUAAUAAAAACUUGUCAUCCUCCCGCGGAAAGCAUACCUAUGAUAAAAGCCGAAAUUGGUGUACCAUUCCAAUACUGCGUAGCAUUUCCAAAAACCACCGUCACGCGUACGCGAAAAGAAUAUAUCGCAGUCACAGCUCCGAAUAACGAGCAAUUACCGCCGUGGCUUCAUUUCAAGAAACUCGAGAUUUCCGUCUGGGGAAUACCAACAAUAGAUAAUACAGGCAGCACGCAUGUACGAAUUUACGAGUAUUGUGAUGACGAAGAGAAUGGUGGUCAGUCAUCUGACGCGAAGAUGGCCGGUGGAUUGGGAAUAAAGUGGCCGAGAGAAUUCUAUGAAGAGGAUUGGAAGUUACUUGAUGAGUUUAUUGUUAUGGUUCAAGAUGAAGAUGAGGUGGAAGAAGAUAGUCAGAGCGGAUAA